AUGCCUCGAAAAAAGUCUGUGGUGCCUUCGGAUCCCAUGCUCGUGGAUAGUGCUCCUUCAUCAUCAACGGUUGGGGCCGCUUCGGAAGGAAUGACAUUGUUGGAGAGUGCUCGGAGAGGGGAUGUAGCCCUUGUUAAAAAGUUGAUAGAAUCUGGUUUGGAUGUAAACUUGGCUGAUGACAGAUUUGUAUAUUAUGGAAUGACACCAUUGAUGUGGGCUUGUGACAGCGGUCAUGUACCUGUUGUCAACUAUUUACUUAGUGUUCCUGGAAUUAAUAUCAAUCAGCUCGAUGGUAUUACUGGAAGAACAGCCCUUCAUUAUGCUGCGAUUAGAAACUAUAAAGAAAUUUGUGAAAUUUUAAUUAAGGCCAACAUUGAAACAUCGACCAAGACUAUUCUGAACCACACUGCAGAAGAUAUGGCCUAUCUAAGAGGUCAGCACGAGUCUCUUGUAGUCCUCAAAUAA